CUCACUGCUAAUUUUCUCUCCGUUUUCGGGGGCUCUGCCCGUUUUCUUUUCUUUUUCCUCCCCUUUUUCCCCUUGUUUUUCUUUCCCUCCCCUUCUCUGCUAUGAACCCCUCUACUGACUCUGCUAUUCCCACCUCUCAACCCUCCGCUGACCUCGGCGGUAUGGCCGUCUUUCACCAAUAUCCUGCCUCUGACAACUCUUCGCAUGCCACCUCUCUCAUCCACGGUGCCCUGGGACUCCCCCAGGCCAGCCACGAGGCUGGAGAACCGAUUCAACGUGCUGCCUCGGCAGGACCACAGCUGGCUCACAGCCACCAACUCUCCCCACGCUCCACCUCCCCGGCCCGUUCGGCGGACUCCGAGUUCCAAACCCCCAAAGCCGGUCAUGUCACUUUCGAUGUUUCUACCCCCGCCGACUUCGAAAACGGCUCUGAUGAAGACGAAAUGGACACCUCUGGAGGUGAUCUCGACAAACAUCCCAUCGACGUUCCCCCUGUAGGGUUCUCCACCGAUGAUGGCUACACUCAACCCAUCGCUCUUGCCACCACCGACUUCGAGGAUGCCUUUCUCACCAUAAACGCGUCCAUGUCCACAAUCACCCACUUCCUCAUCACCGCGGCAGAAGAUGUUACUUACAUGUCCGCCCACCAACCCGAAGAGUCCGCUCGCGUUCUUGACCCUUUCCACAACCUUUUACGGGCCAUCACUAUUCAUUGGAACCGCAUAUAUUCGGUCCCCCACGGUAAGCGAGUCAACAACACUCGAGCUCAGUCAGCACCUCUCGAACAUGGCCAAUUCUACGUACCCAAUUACAUAGCGCCUGGUAAAUUCCCCGUCCCAAACCGGCACCCAGAUACCACUCUCCCCCCUAUUUCUAACCUAUCUCAACCUCUCCCCCGAGUUCCACCUUACGCUCCCCCCCCUCCUGAAUCUUCUUUCCAUCCUACCACGUCUGGCUUAUUUAAAACCCCUUCUGUUUCUCGCGCCUCUGACAUAGAAAGUAUGUACCAGAACCCACCCGCCAGGUCUAACGCACCUGCCCCCUCCUCCAACAGACCCGUUAGGCCCCCAGGCCUUCCCGGGUCGGUCGCCUCCCCAUUCAGCUCUCGCCCCUUCCCUGGCAACAACAAGGGUAAAGUCCCUUCCAUCACCCCAUCAUCGGUCUCCAACCUCCUCCGCACCGAACCUUUCAUCCCCAAGGCUGCGCCCUCAUUCAGCCAAGUUGCUGCUGCCCCGCCUCCUCCUCCAUCAGCCUCCACCUCCUACUCCAUGGGGGCCUCCACCAUCUCUGCCGCACUCAAACUCCGCGAUGAAGAUGCCUCCGCCUUCAGGAAGGUCUUCAACGUCAAAUCCCAAGAACAGCGUAAUGCUGACCGCAACCGCAACAAACGCCAAAAAUGCAGAAUCUGGGCAGACAAGAAGAUCACCAUUGUUUUCCCCCCGGGCACGAAAAUCAACUCUGCCAACAUCCCUGACCCCGGCCCGCUCAUUGAUGGCCUCAAAGACUUCCUGUUCGAGAAGACGGGUGAACGUCCCACCUAUGAAAUCUUCGGCAAUUACGCCCCACCCAUGAAGUUCUACUUCCGUUUCCCCCUACCCGUCACAGGUGACAUGUGUCGCUACGUCGAAGAAUAUGUCUCCGGUCUUCAAAUCGCUUCCAUGGAGGAGGCCCGCGUUUCCGUUAAUCACAUUCGUAAUACUAUAGUAUUUAAAAACUUCCCCAAUACCUACAAAUCCCAAGACGAGAUCCUUACCCUCCUACGUAACUCCGAUUCAUUUGCUAACGUCCCAAUUGUUGGGUACCCCAGAUUCCUCCAAGGCACUCUCGACGAAGAGCGCGGCCUCCUCUUCGUCGACUUCACUGAUGAUGUCGACAAUUCCAUCCUCCGCCGCCUCACCUCCCAUCCGUUGCGUAUCGGGGAUUUCUUCUACCGCUGCGAACAAGCACGCGCACCCGCCAAACGCCCCAUGCCCCGCUGCGGCAAAUGCCUCUACUGGGGUCACUUCUCCGACAAAUGCACCUCUAACAUCGAACGUUGCGGCUGGUGCGGCAACAACCAUCGCGAAAAAGACCAUGGCAAAUUCACUCUCGCUCACCUCGAUGACGAACGUGCCAACGUUCGCUGCUUCAAUUGCGGAGGCCCUCACCGCUCUGAUUCCUCCUCCUGCCCCUUCUACCUCCACCGCUUUGAACAUGAGUGGAUCAAAUCUCACGUACCCGUUGUCUACACGGAAAUGAUUCAGCGCCGUAACACCCGCAAUCCUUCAUGA